AUGCCUCCCAAGAAAAAAACUGACGAAGAAGAAGGCCUCCAAGCCAUUGUCCUGAGCGAUUCAUACCAGGACCGAUUUCUUCCACUUACACGAGAGCGUCCAAGAUGUUUGCUGCCAUUGGCAAAUACCCCCCUUUUGGAAUACACUCUAGAGUUUCUGGCCACAGCACGGGUGGCCGAGGUGUUUGUUAUUGGGAGUGCGCAUGCACAGCAGAUUGAAGAAUACAUUCAAGGAUCCAAAUGGGUUUCUGCAUCUGCACCAUUCCGCGUGGAGGUGAUUCAAUCGGACAGUUGCUCAAUCGGUGAUGCACUACGUGACAUUGAUCGACUGGGACUGGUGACAAACGACUUUUUACUCAUUUCCGGGGAUAUUGUUUCUAAUAUUGAUUUCAGCAAAGUACUGACAGCACACCGUGAACGAAAUGACAGAAACGCAAUUAUGACGAUGGUUUUGAGAGAAGCUUCAGCUAACCACCGGACGCGGGCCAAGGAUGGAGCUGGACUGUUUGUGAUUGCAGAACCUUCUGGACAGUGUGUGCGGUAUGAGUCAGCGCCUCAUGAUUUAGGUACAGUUGAGAUUGAUUCUGAGGCACUUGCAGACUUUGAGACAUUGUCACUGCGCAACGAUUUGAUUGACUGCCAUAUUGACAUUUGCACACCGGACGUUCCUGCGUUGUUUACCGAAAAUUUUGACUAUAACGAUUUACGGAUGGAUUUCGUCAAGGGGAUUUUGACGUCUGAGCUGUUGGGCAAGACCAUAUAUACCCAUAUUGUGGAUAACCAGUAUAGUGCACGGGUGGAGAGCUACCAGACAUAUGAUGCUGUUUCACGGGAUGUGAUUUCUCGGUAUGCGUAUCCUCUGACGCCGGAGUAUAAUUUAUUGGAUGAUCAGAGUUUCCGACACCAUUUUGGACACAUUUACAAGGAGGAUGGGGUUGUUUUGGCCCAGUCAUGUGUGAUUGGCCCCCAGAGUGUGAUUGGGAGUGGGACAUUUAUUGGAGAGCGUACCCAAGUACUACAGAGCGUUGUUGGACGUCGGUGUCGUGUGGGCGAGGGAGUGAGACUGGAAGGUGCUUAUUUAUGGGAGGAUGUUGUUGUUGAGGAUGGUGCAAUUGUUGAACGGGCAGUUGUUGGUAGUGGGGCUGUGAUUAGAUCCGGAGUACGGGUUGGAAGUGGAGCGGUAGUUUCAUUUGGAGAGGUUGUUACAGCAGACAAGCAUGGUGCGCCGGAUGAUAUGGAUUCGUUAGUAUAUGAGUUGGAGGGAGUUGCAUUAUCAGAUGGGUCGAUUGCAAGUGAUCAUGGACGGGUUGAUAGAGAAGAAAGGGGGAAGAGUCGAGGGAAGGAGGCUGAGGAUACAGAUGAUGAAGAUGAGGAGGAUGACUUUAAUUCUGAGGCAAUUGCUUCGAUUGAGAGAGCCAUUACAGAGAAUCAUGAUUUGGAUAUUGCAGUGUUGGAGUUGAAUACUUUACGUAUGACGUUGAAUGUUGGGUAUGAGGAUGUGAGAGCUGCGACGGCGAGUGCUCUUGUUGGGUAUGUUGGGAAACUUGUUUCUACUGGGACUUUAAAUGUGAAGGCUGCAGUGGAACGGAUUUUUGGGCAAUGGGGGUUAUUGUUUAAGAGACAGGCAUUUGACUUGGAAGAUGAAAUUGAUGUGUUACGUUUGGUUGGAGAGUUGUUUGAGGGUGGGAAGAUUGGGGGCUCAUGGCAGCAAGGGCUUGUAUAUGCUAUGGAGAGUUUAUAUGAUGAGGAUGUGAUUGAUGAGGAGGCUUAUUUUGGAUGGUAUCGACAGAUUGCUAGUGAUUCUGCAUUACAUGGUGUUGUGAAGGCAUAUGUUGAAUGGCUUGAGAAUGCUGAGAGUGAAUAA